AUGUCUGCGCCGUCUCUCGCCCCUUUCAUCCUCAAACGCCCGUGGCUGCAGCGCUGGGUGGCGCCGCUCGCCAAGUGGUACGGCAACGCCGCUGGCUAUAGGCAGCUCGGUCUGAGGGCCGAUGAUAUUCUCCCCGAGGAGAACGACGUAGUCCAGCUUGCCCUCAAGCGCCUGCCUCCUAAGGAGGCCUACGACCGCGUGUUCCGCAUUCGUCGAGCUUUCCAGUGCUCCGUAUCCCACCAGCUCCUGCCCAAGAGCGAGUGGACCAAGCAGGAAGAUGACACUCCUUACCUGAGCAACAUCAUCAAGGAGAUCGAGGUUGAGAUGGCGGAGCGUGAGGAUUUGGAGGCCAUGGUCGUGCAGAAGAGGGCAGCGAACGCCAGCAGCGGACAUUAG